AUGGUUGAAGAGCGGGGGAGCCAGAAUCCGGUCAUCCAGCUGUCGGGUUCGGUCCAGAGCCUGUACGGGACGUCGGACAUGGAGCUGAACGUCAAGUCAGGUCAGGUCUUCUCACCGAACAUCUCGCCCCACUCGUCCCUCGAGUUCCUCAACAACCUGCACCUGAUGCCUUUCCGCGAGUACGUGUUCACCGCGCUCCCCAUCCUCGUGCACCCCGUCAUCGUGCUGCGGCUCCUUGCACACAAACUCUUCGGAAACAUGAUCCGCAGGAAGAACCUCUACUCGGACACCAAACUCAAACCACCCAAGGUGGACAAGGCAGAUAUGUAUCCUCCACGAAAGAGCGAUGACUCUGAGGCUGAUGCCCUCAAGGACACAUUGUCGAAGAGGAGGAAAACCAAUCUGCAUGUUGUGAUAUCAGACCCCCCCGAGGAGGGCUCACCCUCCUCCACUAAGGCGCCAAAUGUUAGUUCACAGGAUAAGGAAACUGCCAAAUCAAACAACCAUGUGCCAAAUAUUAAUGGGACGACUAAAGCAGCUAUCAUGAUGGUGGCAGAUAGUUUGGUAACACCACUCGGCGGUCCAAUAGGACCCAAUAAAUCCAAUGGAGAAAAUGUGGGUGACGUGCCCGAUUCGGGUUCGGAUGUUAAGUCAAACACACGUCGGUUUAUUCACUGGCCGAGUAAGAAACGGAUGUCAAAGUCACAAGCCAGUAUGGCUGUCGUUCACCAGGACAGCAUAUCGAGUCAAAUAAGCAAUAUGAGUGACCCAAACGAGAGUCCCUGUUCCACUCCCGACAUGGAUAUCGUGGCAUUUCAGAGAGAACUCAUAAACCUGCCCACAUUUGUUAUGGAUACCCCACCAACCGACGUUUCCCCUGUGUUUUCGCGGUCGAGUUCCGUGCCGGAUAACUUAACCCACCAUUUGACUCCCAGCCCAUCGCAGGACACGAUAAGCCAGCAUUUGCCGAGCGAUGACGAGAAAGUGGUGGCACGGUCUGUGGAGCGCAUUUGUGAUCUGGGAUCAGUGGUGACAAUCACCAAAACGGACGCGGAUACCAACGAAGACAAGGCUGUCACGUCACAUUCCAAUCUGGACGUGGAUUCUGUUGGUGAAACCACAGCAAAUAUCAUCGUGCACUUCGAGGCUCCCAACUCUCCGCAGCUGUCAAAUUCCAGUCAGAGUCCCCAGCACACGUUCGACUACCCGUCACCACCGCAGUCCUCAUUUUUAUACAACAACCACCUAUCUCCAUGCGAACAGCCCAGCGUGAUGCAGUCGCAGAACUACCUCUUCCCCUCUUUGCCUUCGACAGCCGCCAUGUGUUUCGGCAGUCCAGUGCUGGACCACUCCCCAUCAGCCCUGCUAAAAUCAAACACCACAGCUACUCCCAUGACAGAGAUGCCAUCGAAUCACCAAGGAAUACUCAAAGUUAUCGAAACGUGGAUUCGCAUUUGUCGCAUGGAUUUUGAUGGCACUCAUCUGCUUGCACUUGAAACAAAGGAUUUUCUCAAAAAGUUGUCCAUUCUUGGCUAUGAAUAUAAGAUAUGGUGUCAACGAAUGGGUAACAUGCUGUAUUUAGAGGAUCUGGAGAAAGCCAACAGCUCCCUCGAGGUCAGUGAUGAUGCAGCAAAUGUGAAUGCCCAGUACAAAAAGCUGCAGCAACUUGUGGUCAGUGGUGUUCUUCCAUCUUCGAAGGAAGAAGCUGCAACAUUAGCAGGGAUCCAGCUGCACAUUGAAGAGGCGUGGCCGGAGGAGGAGGAUACCACAGAUGUGAAACCCAGCCCGACAGACUCGCCCGUUGACAGAGUCACGGAACAGGCGGCGCUGCAGCAGGAGAACCUCAAGAAGAAGAAGGAGCUGAUUCGGUUAAACCGGGCCCAGCGAAUCACCAAUACUCGCCGCAAGAAAACCUUAAUACGCAGUCUGUUGUGUGGCACUGACAAUGAGAUUGAGACGACUGAAUUCUGUGAUCUGUCGGCGUAUCUUCCACCAAUGUACACCGCGUCAAAGCAAGUCAGGGAACUUAUCAAGGAAAAGAAGAAGAAACUAUGGCAUACUCCUUACUACGAGAAUGAAGUCAAAUUGAAACAGUUGUACAUCAAAAUAUGUAAGAAUCUUCCGACAUAUGGAUGCAAGUUGUUUUGUGUGAAAGAAAUCCUCCGAGGAAACACCCAGAAAAAAAUUCCCCGCUUACUUGGUGUGAACAGUGAGAAGAUCGUUCUCCUGGACAACAAGACCAAGCUUCUAGCGAAGUCCCAGAACAUCCGUAACCUGGAGGACUGGUUGUCGGGGAGCGGCCGGUCCCACGACGGCCUCCUGCUGGAGUUCCGUGGCACCAAGCCGUGGCUGCUGACGAUGCCCUCGCCUGAGAACCUCAAGUCUGUGACGGCGGCCAUCUGGCAGGCUCUCGACGUGGAUGGGCGAUUCCUCAACAGUGGGGCUCUGCGCAGAGACAGCUUUGAGUUCGACUUCCAUCAGCGUCAGAUGUCUCUACAGCCGAGCCUGGAGGUUCCGUCUGUCUACACGGAGGAGCUGGAGCAGCUACAGAAGAUGUUACACUUCCCAGAGGAAAUCGCCUUCCUGUUGACAGAUCGUGAACACGAUCUCUUCACGAACAUUCCGCCAGCACAGUACGUCCGCCAGGUGACGAUGGACCUGUCACGAUCUCCAUCACAUCACAAUCAGUCCUGUGUUGAGGACCUGAUUCAACGAUUUAAUGAGGUGUCAAGCUGGAUCACCCAGGUGAUCAUCACCCAGGCAACCCAUGAUGACCGCAAGGCCGUGCUGUCUUGCAUUCUCAGGCUGGUUGUGUACUGUUGGGUUAUCGGAAACUUCAACUCUGCUGUGGAGAUUCUCGCAGGACUCAGGUCGGAGAAGUUGAAGCCAUUCUGGUUGUCCAUAUCUGAAGAGGACCUCACCACCCUACACUCGCUGUGUGACGCUCUUCUGACUCGUGACGCAUCUCCUGAGUACCGCGAAGCUGUCAGUCGAGCCCUAGAUAUCCCAGAAUGCAAAGUGGUGCCUUUCUUUGGUGGCUUCCUGCGUGACCUGAAGGCAAUUUUCAGUGGCGUUCCAAGUAUCAUAGUGCUUCCAUCUGCUGAAAACCAAUCACUAGAGUUCAUAUCUGACUUCAAUGGUGAGGACCGGUUCAUGACACGUAUAGGGGUGGGAGGUUUGAUGAACCUGGACAAGCUGAAGCAGGCUCACAUCAUCCUGAACGACAUCCACCUGUUCCACCACAGCGCCGACCAGCAGCGUAUCCUCAUGCAGAAACUCGAGGACAUGGACCAGGAGGAGUUCAGGCACUGUAUCAAACAUGAUGACGAGGAUUCUUGCGACAGUGAUUACGACCUUGACCUUGACAGUUACCAGCCCGUGCGGCCUGUCUACAGUGACCACGAGAUAAUGGUUGUGACUCCGAAAGUGGCCAAGCUGAAUCACCACUGGCUGCAGUGCAUGAACCACGGCACGACCGUGGUCAGGUGGGACGAGGAUGGGGGGCGGUCCUGCAUGUGUUACCUCAAGCUAGAGAUUGACAAUGUCACGCUGACCUGGCGCAAGCCGCCUUGGAGCUCGCUGAAGAAUAGCAUGGCAUCCCCAGACUUCAUCCUCCGCGGUGAGGUGGCGUACACGGGCUCCCAGAUCCUGUGUUCUCGGUACAUGACGAGCGAGGAAAUCUGUGAUAAUCUCGAGGAAGGUUUUUUAGACAUUGCUGUGAUAAAAGAGGUGACUCUCGGCGACGAGGCCGUGGAUCUGGGCUCCGUCUGUAAGCGCCAUGGCAUUGAGGACCUCUGCCACCAGAACAACUGCAUCACCAUUGUGUACGGAUCGUAUCUCUCCGAGAAUCGCAAGCUGUGGUUCAUUGCUCCUGGACACACGGCCAAAAUCUGGUACCACGGGUUGCGCCGCCUGGUGGAAGGCACGCACAAACUGAGGCUGCAGACAGACAAACGUCUACAGUGGCUGAAGAUUCAGUAUUUGCAACUGUACUAUGAAAACGAGCGGUGUACUGGACCAACCCCGGCUGAAGCCAUAAAGGUUUUUGGAGGUCGGUCUUGGACAGCAGGUCCCCAGAACCCCACCACCAUUCAAGAGCCCCCAUCGACAUUCAAACGCACACCGAGCUUUGGGGUAGGCUUCAGAAAGAAGAUGACAUGUAAUGUCUCCCCAAAGCAAGAAAAUAAGGAGCGAGGUUCGACCCCGGUCCGAAUGAUCUCAGUCAACGACACCAGAGCUUCAACCAAACAGCGGCGCACUCCCAGCCCCCUCCGCAAAGUGAAGAACGAAAUGCAGAAGACUGCCACCAGCGACCCCAUGUUGAACCACAUCCCUAGGGGCAGUCCAACCCCUGGUUUCCGGCCUCGGAGCCUCACGUUCAGUUUCACGAACCGGUACCGAUCCCGGAGACGGCGAAUGUCCCUGGGUUGCCGGACGGGCGACAACCGGGCGAACUCUAUCACUCAUUCCUCUCAGCUGUCAUUCUUGGACUUUGUCGAUCUUUUUAAGUCAUUUGGACUGCGGUGUCGAAAGGAUCUCAAAGACCUGUUUGAACAGUUUGCCGUAACAAGAUCUUCUUGUGGUGACACUGUCAACAAUUCCAGGGUUCCAAAACCUCCGUCAUACAUUCCUACAGAAAAAGAUACAUGUGUGAUAACGAGAAACAACAAUGCAGACCUUAGCCAGGACAACCAGCAGCGGCGUCGGAUCUGUGACGCGAUAGCGGUGGCGAGCAUUAUCUCGAACUGCGCGGGCGUGGAGACCUCGCAGAACAAGUGCAUGGGUCUGGUGGAGUUCCGUGAGUUUCUGGCCGACUACCAGGAGGAGCGGCUCGGCGACGAUGAGAUCCUUGACCUGAUCCAGCGCCACGAGCCAAACUCCACCCUCCGCGACCAGUGCUGUCUCUCCUUUGAAGGGUUCGCACGCUACCUGAUGGACAAGGAGAAUUAUGCAAAUAUUUACGAGAAGACGAAGCACAGUCAUGAGGACAUGGAUCACCCUCUUCCCCACUACUUCAUCGCUUCCUCUCACAACACGUAUCUGACGGGACAUCAGCUCAAGGGAGAGUCGUCUGUAGACCUGUACAGUCAGGUACUGCUCAUGGGCUGUCGGUGUGUGGAGUUGGACUGCUGGGACGGUGAUGAUGGAAUGCCCAUCAUCUAUCAUGGCCAUACACUCACUACCAAGAUCUCAUUCAAGGGUGUUGUGGAUGCAAUAAACAGAAGUGCAUUUGUUACCUCCCCUUACCCUGUGAUACUCUCCAUUGAAAACCACUGUUCCUUGCUCCAACAACAGAAAAUGGCUCAGAUCUUUACAUCUGUAUUUGGCGAGAAGCUGGUGACGAAGUUCCUGUUUGACUCUGAUUUUGUUGAAGACCCACAGCUGCCAUCACCAAACCAGCUCAAGUACCGCAUCCUCAUCAAGAACAAGAAACUCCGAGACCACGAUGGCUCAUCGGCACACAAGAGGUUACCUGCUCAGUCCCGUACAUCGAGUAUGGCCUCAUCAGAAAGUACAUCAAUCAAUGAAUUCGACGAUGACGACGAUGAUGAUGAAGAUGAAGAUGAUGUGACCGAUGCUGUGAAAGAACUGCGUCGAUCAGUGGAUAGUCAGGACAGUCCGAUACCUGAGGGUGAUGAGAAAUCCAAGUGUCACGUCCACCAUAGAAUAGACUCAUUUGGAGACAUCGUCGCAGCAAGACCUCAGUCUGGGUCAUUUGGAACAAAGCCGUGUCCCAAGUCUCAGCCGGAACUAGACUGGCACUUUGACGACGACCUGCAGGACAUCAAAGUUGCCCCCAAGAUCAAACCAAAGAAGGCCAGCCAGAUUGCCAAAGAGUUAUCUGACCUUGUCGUCUACACACAAGCUGUGAAAUUCAGAGGAUUGUCUCUCAGCCCUAACACGUCUCUGAAGCAGAAGAAAGGCCCUGUUCGGAAAGGCAUCAACUCCAGCACACCCACUCUCUCCACAUCAAGUGACAAGAAUGAUUUGACUCCACCCCUUGCCAUCCCUCGUCUUAAAAAGUAUGACGGCAUUCCUCCAUGCUAUCUCGUGUCUUCUCUCAAUGAAAACAAAGCCAAACAACUAUGCCGGCGAAAUCAGCUUGGAGUUAUCAAAUAUCCUUUAAUGUCUUUGUGUCAAAAAGAUUAUAUGCAGCACCGUUUUCUCGGUGAGCUGUCACAGUUGUUUACCUUAACCAAGUGCACCCAUACAGAACGACAGCUGAUGCGCACCUACCCAGCAGGAAUGCGUAUAGACUCCUCAAACUUCAAUCCAGUGAUAUUUUGGGCCUUUGGUAUCCAGAUGGUGGCUCUGAACUACCAGACAGAAGAUGUGGCGAUAGCACUAAACACUGCAAUGUUUGAAGCAAAUGGGCGCAGUGGGUAUGUUUUAAAACCUCUGGUGAUGUAUGACAAGAAUCAUGUGAUGUACAACCGCUUCAACCCACUAGACAAGGAAUUCGAUGGUCUUCACGCCACCAUUCUCACUCUGCAUAUCAUAUCGGGCCAGUACGUUUGUCCCAGUCACACAGCCAGCACCCAGGUGGAGGUGGAGAUUAUUGGCAUCCCAGUGGACUGCGCUAAACAGAAAACAAAAGUGGUGUCCAAGAACUCGCUCAACCCCAUUUGGAAUGACGUGUUCACAUUUCAGGUUUUGUUUUCCGACCUCGCUUUCAUCAGAUUUGUCGUGACGGACUCCAACACGAGUCACCUGGUAUCACAGAGGAUCAUUCCACUCCGCAGUCUCAGACCAGGCUAUCGUCACGUUCGUUUGCGGACUCCAUCAAACCAGCCGAUGGAGCUGGCCACGUUGUUUGUGUACUCGAAGCACGAAGAGGAGCUUCUCGAACCCUGCAACAGUCUGGAGUUGUCACAGUCGACCGGGGGAGCCAAGAAGAUCUCGCUCUUCUCCAAGGUCAAGGAGUUGUCAGAGGUAAAUGGACAGAAUGUGACAAAACUGAAACGACGCAUGUUCUUCAUCAGUGUGUUUGGAGUUACGGCCCCUGACGAGUACAUCAUUCUGAAGGUCACACAAGACACCACUGUGUAUGAAUCGAUCGCUCAGGCACUAAUCAAGGUGGGCCACCUGGAGGAGCUGGUGGGUAACUAUGUGCUGGUGGAGGACGUGCAGAGUGGGUGGGAGAAGAAGGACCAGGAGAAGGCGAGCACCCAGAGGAUCCUCGACAUGAGUGAGAAGGUACUGCAGGCUCAGAACAGGUGGAAGGGAGCUGGCCGCUUCAUCCUGCGCAGACUCACUGACGACCCCAGCAGCAGAGCUUGGAUGACAACCCUCCUUAAAGAUCAAAAGAGAAAUUCGAAGCUUGAUGCGGACGAAGCGAACAACUGGGACAGCACGGAGCACAUGUUUGUGGUGUGUGUGUACAACGUGUCUCCCGACCAGCCGUACACGGUGUUCAAGGCCCCUGUGUCCAGCACUGCGCAGGACAUCAUCACACAGGCCAUGAUGAAAGCUCGGAGAGCCAACACUCAAGAUCCGAGAGGUUUUGUUCUUGUUGAAGAGCUGGACAGCCAGAAUAUUCCGGACAGCCAGUCAGCACCGUCGAAACACAAGAGCAGCGAGCGUUGUAAGAUGAGAAUACUGGCUGACGACGAGAACGUGUACCAGGCUCAGACUGAGUGGAAAAUGAGCUGUCGAUUUGUCCUCGCGUCACGCGACCAGGCAGCAGUGGAGCUGUGCGAGGAGAAGUUGCGCAGUCAGACGGCUAAAGGAACGUGUUCCCGCCCGCAUGGAAUGCUUUCAAAGCGCAUUGGGUCUAAGAAAAUCUCAAAACACUCUGUCCUGGCCGACAGGAUGCCCCAUCUGUCACGAUCGCCUGAUACAGUCCAUCGUUCCAUAAGUUUCCCGUCACAAGUGAACAACUCCACGGUGGUUGCUGCAGCCAAGGCAGCAUCCCAGCAGCCGGUGACAGCGCAGGAUAAACGUGGAAUGUUCCAGCUGAAAAAACUGCCAAAGUUGAACUUCAAAAUGGGCAAAUGAAGUACACUUUUUCAGGCUUGGCCGUGAAGGUUUUAAACACAUGUCUGCCUGGGACACUGAAUGGAGUCCAGAGACACAGGCCAGGUGUCAUUAUCCUGUAGGUGCAGAAUAUUUGUCAUGUUUUUACAGACUAAAACAUGAUGCAUCAAGGCAAGGCGAAUGGUUUUAACAUGCUGGUCUUCAAAUUUGCUAGAUGUUUGGCUUAGAUGGCUGAUGGAAUCUUAGUCUGGUCAUCUUCACAUCUUCUUGGGUCUAAGAAUUGGCAACAAUUCACAGGAUGUAAGAUCCAUCCUGUUGCCCAACAUAUGAUCCAGUCUCGAAUUGUCCGGUUUCACGACUAUAAUGAUCCACUCACUAAUUGGCAACUUUUUCAGGAUUACAUGAUCCAAUCCAGCCAAUAAUCGACUAGUUAUUGCAGGAAACAAAUGAUCCACCAUCCUGGCUGGUAUUGUAGGAUGAUGAUCCAAUCCAGCCAAUAAUCGAUCAUUUGGUGCAGGAAACAAAUGAUCCACCAUUCAAGUCCUGGCUGGUAUUGUAGAAUGGCAGGAUCUGUCCUAAGAACGGUCACAUUUUAAUACUUGUGAUCCAUCGAACAAAUAACGACUUGCUGCAGACUGCAAGAUCAUACUUGAAAGAUUUGUCACAUUUAUACAGGACCCAGGGUCUCCUCAAGAUCGGUCGUGUUAAUAUGGCAUGAUCGAUCCACUUAACAACUGCCUGUUCAUUGGAGAAUACAAGAUUCAUAUGUUUAUACUUGAUACAUGAAGGGUUGUGCACCCAGCAGCUGACAGACUUUGUUACAGGAUGUAUCAUCCAUACAACAGUCGGCAUGGGUUUGCAGGACGUUCAUGAUAUAUUCAUAAUAUAUGAUGACACAAUGAGUUGAGAGACAUUCAAGUUGUUAAUAAAACUGAGAGAACUACAUUGCUCAACAAUAUGACAUGACGGAAAGAUCAUUACAGACUGGUAAUGCAGCAUCAGAUGGGUUCAGCAACACAAAAUGGCUAUGAGAAAUGAACUUCCAACAGUGAUAGUUCAGCACCACUUUCUGAGCAGCGAGUUAAUGCUCUACAAAAUGUCAUAGCUAAUGGUAUGUACUUCAACAGGUAUAACCUGUAUAGUCAUACAUUUAUGACAUUUUAAUGGCAAUGCUUUCACUUGAUUUAGUGAAUGGUAGAUGUUGUAUGUGCAGAGUCAGUACAACCACUACAAAAUGUUGUAGGCUUUCGGAAAAAGCUGGCAUUACAAAUGAAAACGAUAAACAUUCAAGUGCCUCUCUGUUUUUGAUGCAAGAUAUUUGGAAGCAGAAAUGGAUGGCAUGAUGAGGAAUGAUCUCAGAUUUCUAGAUUUAAUUACUACAAACUGAAACUGUGAUGGCGUUUUGAGAUUUUAUUUAUUCUCCAUUUGUUACGGUUGUUGAGACAGAUGUUUAUUGUGGCACUGAUUCCUAAUAUUUGUUAAAUAUGGAAUACAUUUUAGUGCUGUGAUGCCGAUGUAUAAAAAAGAGAUUGUUACAUCCAAGAUAUUUUGUUAGAAGUGAUAAAAAUCAUUUGUAUCCCAGGUGACUGUAAUAUGUAGAGAAUAAUAGUACAUCUUGUUAUAUACGGAGUAGGUACUUAUUUAACAUCACUCUGAUUGUUCAUCUGGUGUUUUGGUUUUGUUUUGGUAUUUGUUGGAUGUUGUAUGGUGUCUGUCUGAUGAUUAUUCUGUUGUAUCAGGAAGUUAAAAAUAGCUACUAGAUGACUGCAGUGACCAAAGGUGCCAAUAUACCCUUUAAAAGCCAAAUGUUUUUAUUUACAUUUUAGUGAGGUUUUUUAUAUUAUAUAUUAUACUUUUAGAACGUUUAGUUAGGAGAUAGAGGAUUAAUUGGGAUGAAAAUUAACCCUUAAAAAUACAGUGUUAAAAUGUGGAUUAUUGGAAAAUGGAGGCAUUUCUAGUUUUACUUUUGUCUUUUUAAGAAUGUUUAAGAAAUCCAGUGGUAAAUGAGUUUAAUUACACGUAUAUGCUUGUUUAUGGUGCACAGUUUGAAAAGUAGUUAAAUCAAAAAUAAAUUAUGUAUUUUUGACCAAUGAAGGAAGGAAGGAACUGUUUUAUUUAACGACACACUCAACACAUUUUAUUUACGGUUAUAUGGUGUC